AUGGCAGAGGCGCUGCUGCUGGCGAGCCACCUUCUCCUGGCGCUCGCCCUCAUCGCCGCCUCCCUCUCCCAUCUCCUCACCGCCGCCGUCGCCCAUCUCUCACCCGCGCACACCACCACCACCAACCGGCUCCGUCUCCUCCGCCACCCGCUCCUCCGCCUCCUCCCGGUCCUCGCCGCCGUCCCAUUCCCCUUCCUCCCCGUCGCGCCCACCUCCCGCCUCCUCCCCUUCCUCCUCCUCCCGCCCCUCCUCCUCCCGCUCCCACUCCCCUUCCUCCCGCCCACCCACCUCCCACCCCUAACCCCGCUCCUCCACUCCCUCCCGCUCCUCCUCCUCGCGCGCGCCGCCGCUCUCCUCUCCGCCGCAUUCCCCGCGUCCGACCUCCAGGCCCACGCGCUCUCCGUCGCCGCCCUCCUCCUCCUCGCCGCCGCCGCCGCCUCCCUCCUCGCCGCGCUGUCCCCGCCAAGAACCGCCCACCACUUCCUGGCCGACACGGCCUUCGCCUUCGCCGGCACCGUCGGGGGCCUCUGGGCCCUCCAGACCGGCCUCACCCUCUACGUCGACGCCUGCGUCCCCGUCGGCUGCCACCGGCUCAUCGACGCUGCCCUCGCGCCAGCGACGCGCUGCGACGUCGACGAGGCCAGGCUGCAGGGCGUGGCGGUCAUGGACCUCAUGCUGUCCGUGCAUUGCCUCGUCGCCGCGGCUGCUGUCGCAGGGCUGUAUCUCGGGGUCGCAAAGUGCUGCGGUGUUGACGCCGGGGGUCGGAGACAGAAUGGUGCUGGGGGGUCGUAUGAGGCCCUGCCCAUGGUGACUUCGUCGGGGGCCAUCCAGGAGAUGGAACAUCUACCAAUGAUGAAGGGCGUCGUUGGCAAGGCUGUGGCACAGGAAUGAACACCAGUUGCCUUGCACUAACUAACUAGGUACUUACUACAUUGUAAUUCUCUGGAUCGAGUAAUGUGAUUUUGCUCACUUGGCGGCUAUAUGUGCCUGAAAGAGUUUUUCAGACGAAUUGCUGAUCAUUAGUUGCUAGGGAAAAUCUGU